CGGCGCGCCCGGCACCCUCCGCAGUUGCACAGACGCUCCACGGUUGCACCGACUCUCUGCAGCACCGUGCAGCUCGGGAGUCUAGCUGGCCUGUUCUCCACGCAGGUGUACCGCGCGCUCCGCUCAGCCAUGUCGUCCGGCAGCCGCGUGGCGCUGGUGACCGGGGCCAACAAGGGCAUCGGCUUGGCCAUCGCGCGCGACCUGUGCCGCCAGUUCUCUGGGGACGUGGUGCUCACGGCCCGGGACGCAGCGCGGGGCCAGGCGGCCGUGCAGCAGCUGCAGGCCGAGGGCCUGAGCCCGCGCUUCCACCAGCUGGACAUCGACGACCUGCAGAGCAUCCGCGCCCUGCGCGACUUCCUGCGCACGGAGUACGGGGGCCUGGACGUCCUGGUCAACAACGCGGGCAUCGCCUUUAAGGUGGCUGACCCCACACCCUUCCAUGUUCAAGCGGAAGUGACCAUGAAGACAAACUUCUUUGGAACCCGAGACAUCUGCACAGAGUUACUGCCUCUAAUAAAACCCCAAGGCAGAGUGGUGAAUGUGUCUAGCAUGGUGAGUCUCAGAGCCCUUAAAAGCUGUAGCCCAGAGCUCCAGAAGAAGUUCCGCAGCGAGACCAUCACGGAGGAGGAGCUGGUGGGGCUCAUGAACAAGUUUGUGGAAGAUACCAAGAAGGGUGUGCACGAGAAAGAGGGCUGGCCCAACUCUGCAUAUGGAGUGACAAAGAUUGGCGUGACGGUCCUUUCCAGGAUCCAAGCCAGGAAGCUGAGUGAGCAGAGGAAAGGAGACCGAAUCCUCCUGAACGCCUGCUGCCCAGGCUGGGUUAGAACCGACAUGGCAGGACCCAACGCCACCAAAAGUCCAGAAGAAGGGGCAGAGACCCCCGUGUACUUGGCCCUUUUGCCCCCAGAUGCUGAGGGGCCUCAUGGACAGUUCGUUUCAGAGAAGAAAGUUCAGCAGUGGUGAAUUCCAUCCAUGGGCCCCAUUUAGUACCCUGUCUCGAUUUAACCCAAAGAUCAUUUACAAUGUGAAAAUUAUACCUAAAAUAGAAAUAGAAAAUAGAUCAAAAUAUCCCAAACAGUUGCUCACUAAUAUUCUACUAAUUGAUGUCACUCACCCAGUUGACUACUAAUUCUGUGAAGUUUUUUGUGAUUGUUUUUUUUGCUGUAGGGGGAAGAAAACAUGCAAUUACUGAAAAUUAUGACUGAAUGUUAAUAGGUGAAUAAAGGGUUCUUUAUAUAUG